AUGGUUGUGCCUGAAAGACUCAAAGGACCAGAGGGUUGUCACAUGAUCAGUGAGGCAUUUAUUGCACAAGAAAUGGAGAGGAAAGAACGUAUCAGCAGCAGCAUUGAGAAGUUCAAGUCUCUUCUGGGUCAAGAGUUCCUGAUGCAACAGCCCGACUCCAGACAGGAGAAAGCUGAUAUCCUGGAGAUGAUGGUUGAUUUCUUGAGACGAAAGCAACAGAAUCCCUCCACCUGCUCCACUGCAGCUCAUGAGGGCUACUCCAGAUGUGUACAGGAGGCCGUCAACUUCUUGUCUCAGUGUCAAGUGCAGACUCAGUCCCAUACAAGACUGCUGAAGCACUUCUUCAACAUGCAGCCUUCCACAGAGAACAGCACAAUUGUCCUGCCUCAGCUCAAUUCACCAGCCUGCCAGACCAGCAGCAAAGAGCAAACUCCAGUCUGCAGUGGACUCUGGAGACCCUGGUAGAGUCUCAAGGACACCUUAUGAUUUAUGAAACAGAAUUCAAAAUGCCAGUCUGAGAUUGGCAUGGAGUGAAAUUCUAAUGUAGGAAUUUAUUUCCACUUCUGUUGCAUUUGCAGAAUGCUUUAACUACUUUCAGAGAAAGUAUGUCAUUUUUUAAAC